CAUCUCGAAUCAGUUUUCGCAAAAAUUAAUGUUUUAUGUUUUAUUCAGAAAAUAUUGCGAAAAUCGCGUACAAUGAUAGUAUUAAAAAGUCGGGAUGUUACACGCGCCCCCGCGCGCUUUGCGUUCCUUCCCGCGGCCUUGCGCGCGUCCCAACCGUCGCCCGUGCUCCGAUCUUGUACCGCGCACUCCCGUACGCCCGUGCACCCACCAGCCGCGCGCCCGCGUAACCCUCGCAAAUCCCACGUGCACGGCUUUUUUGCCCAUUUGUGCGCAUCAGGGGCCGAUGCGCACCUAUCGCAUUUUAGCUGCUUACUAGACUCGCCGGUCCCUAACCCCACUUCCGUAUCACGCGCGCUGGGCGCGCUGCUGUACACGCUUGGCGCGCUGCU